UCUAGACAACGGUUCUAAACAAAAAAAAAAAACCAAAAAACUGAAAGUUUAAGAUUCCAAAUAGCCAAAAGUUGACCGUUAAAAAACAAAAAAAGUACUAUUUACUAAAUAAAUAAAAACUAUAAAAUCUGCUACGCAAUGGCAGUGCAAAAUUCUACAUUUCUUAGCAGUAGUUUCAACUCCGCCUUUGUGCCAACUAGUGCUUAUUAUCAGCACUUAAGCGCCGCCUCAGUCGCUUUAGCCGCCUAUGAAGGCUGGAGUCACUUGGAUUUAUUGUCACCGCAACUAACACAAUCAUCGCCUAAGUCUAUUGAUGAGGCGCUGCAUAUGCAUCAUUUAAGAUUUCCUACGCCUCCAAUAACACCACCAUAUAAUAAGAAUACACAUAAAUUACCAACCAGUACACAAACUUCCAGCAUACGCACACAAUCGGUCAUUAUGAAAAUCGGAGAAGACAAUUUGGACAGCAAUAUGCCACCAACACCAGAACAUGUCGACGAUAUGGCAGUGGACAUAGUUGGUUUGGAAGACACCACAAUAAGUCCAGAAAUGCAUCGUCAUGAAACGAUGACAAUGAACACGUCCACAACUAGCAGCGCUAGUUCGACUCCGAAACGAAGUGAAUACGUCUGCGAAUGGAUUGAUUGCGGCAGAGAUCACAGCACCCUUGAAUCAUUGGCCGCCCAUGUGACCAAAGUGCAUGCCGUUGCUUCACCAGCCGAUGGUUUAUACUAUUGCCGUUGGCAGGGAUGCACACGACUGCGUGGAUUCUCAGCACGAUAUAAGAUGCUGGUACAUGCCCGCACUCACACUAAGGAGAAACCUCACCAAUGCCAUCUCUGCAUAAAGAGUUUCUCCCGUGCAGAGAAUCUUAAGAUUCAUAUUCGUUCGCAUUCAGGCGAGAAACCAUACCUCUGUACUUAUGAAGGUUGCAACAAGGCCUAUUCGAAUUCUUCGGACCGAUUCAAACAUACUCGCACUCAUGCUAUGGAUAAACCCUAUAUGUGCAAAGUACCCGGUUGUCAAAAGCGUUACACGGAUCCCUCAUCAUUGCGUAAACACGUGAAAACUUUCAAACAUGCUGUACAAUUGAUUGGCACCGCCGCUAUUACCCCCGUUCAGAAUCCCAUUAUUGAUACAGAAACAGCAUCAGCACACGGUGCUCUACAAACUCACAUGCCCAGCACAAUUACAUCUUCAACUCUGAACGCUGUAAUAUUGGGUAGAAAUCAUCAUAUACAUGAUGAUCAUUAUGCGAAAGGUUACAGCGAUGCCGCAAUACCAGUUUGUCAGCUCUGCGUGCCACCGCCACCACCACCUCACUACUAUCUUAAUGCUAUGGAGGAGGAUGUUUGCAAUAUCAAGCCGGCUCAGCUCGAUUAUUAUUAUGCCGCAACAAGUCAAUUAUCGGCAGGCAGCAGUACUGGAUCCAGCCAUGGUUGGAAUUCCAAUGCACGUGGCGCUGAGAGUCCUGUGCGAACUAUGGAGUCGGAAACACCGCUAGAUUUGCGGGUUAAUCGCAGUUAAAUAUAAAAACUAGUAAUAACAUUUAGACACAUUAAUAUUUAUUCUAGACUUCUAAGCGGAAUGACUAGUUGAGAAUCAAUUGCGGUCUCUAGUCGAAAUAGUAGAAUAGUAUGUUUGAAAUUGUAAUAUGAAAAAGAUGAAAUAAGAACUAAAUAUUAACAACUCUA